AUGAACAAAUUACCGGAAGCAUUUCGGAUACUUAUGUUUAUUGGUCUUUGGAAAUCAAAUGAGGAUUGGAAAACAUGGAAGUCAUUUGUUGAGAUAGCAGUAAUUCUUUUUCAUACGAAUAAGGUUUAUGAAGGCCAUCGAGAGGGUUCAUUACCUUUCAAAGUAUGGUAUCCUUAUGACACAUCAAAUAUCUAUUUAUUUACGUUUUAUCAACAAAUAAUAACUGUUUUUUUAUCUGCAAACGUUAAUGUGGCCUUUGAUGUAUUACUUGUUGGAAUGAUGAUGCAUAUUUGUCUGCAAGUAAAUAUUCUCAAAUAUCGAUUUCGAAGAAUGUUGAAUGAUGUGAAAAAGUAUUCACUGGAAAAAAAGGAAACAUUUGAAAAAAUUACUUUCUCUGAAUAUGUUACUUUCCAUAGUAGUAUUUUAAGACUUGUUAGUAAUCUAACAGAGAUAUUUUCUCAAACAAUGUUUGUACAAUUUGGAUCAAGUGCCUCGAUCUUAUGUACUAGCAUGUACGUCUUAUCCCAAACACCAGUAUUUACAUCAGAUUUUUUAGCUUGUUUUUUAUAUAUUUCGUGCAUGUUUUGUCAGAUAUUCUUUCCAUGUCUUAUUGGCCAUCAAAUGACUCUUGAGUUUGCUAAUUUGAAUGAUGCCAUGUACAACACAAAUUGGUAUGCUGUGAGCAACAAUUUUAGAAAAUGUAUGAAUAUAAUAAUGAUUAAAUCCUCUAAACCAAUUUUAUUCUCUAGUGGUUAUGUCAUUUCUCUGUCAUUAGAUGUAUUCAAAAGCCUGUUAAAAUUAUCAUACUCUAUAUUUAAUGUCUUUCAACAAGCUUCUUAA